GGCUGCGUGUCCGUAUUGCUUCCGGGGCGCACCCCCGGCUUGAAGUCCAUCCCAAGUUGUUCUUGAACUCUCAUACAUCCUGACUUUUAUAUUACGGCGGUGCACACAAGUCCGGCCAACGUUCCCUUAGAGCAUUAGGACCUUGUUCGUCAUGCUCCCUAUUAACAGGCUCGCUCAGAGUUCUGCCUAUCCCUCCUUUUUGCAACGCGCAUCAACUUACACCAAGAAUCAUCCCUUCUGGUCGUCUCGUCUUGCCACCCGAGCUCUCGCCAUUUGUAGUAUUCUUCUGUUUGCCAUAUUUUGGUUCUCUCCUGCCACAUUUCAUGGCCGCCCAAUUGGCGAAUGGCAUCCUCCCCACGGCAUGCCUCCGCUCAUGGAUGAUGAGUUACCCGAGCCCCCGCCGCGACCUAAUCCUGGCCCACCUCCUACUUACGAAAAACUCCCUCCGCAAGUAUGGAACGAUCGUUCUCUAGCAGUGAAGGAUGCAUUCUUGUUUGCGUGGCACGGCUACGAAAAUGCCGCUUUCGGAUACGAUGAGCUCCUGCCAACUUCAAAUGGCAGCGUUCAGAAUUUUAACGGUUGGGGAGUGACGAUCUAUGAUUCCCUGAGUACCAUGCUUCUCAUGGGCCUCAAAGACUCUGAAGAGUACAAACGCGCGAUGAAGCAUGUCGCCAAGCAGACCUUCAAAGAUCAUAAUGGCAAAAUUCCUUUCUUCGAAACAAUCAUUCGUCACCUAGGCGGGUUGCUGUCCGCCUAUGGAUUGUCGGGCGACUCGGUACUGUUGGAAAAGGCCAACGAGCUCGGAGAGACCCUGCUUCCUGUGUUCGAAUCGGCUUCGGGCCUCCCUUACCAUGGCUAUGACCCAACCGGCAAUCGCACAACGUAUUCGUCAGGAACGGUACUCCUUGCGGAGGUCGCCUCAUGCCAGAUGGAGUUCAAGUACCUCGCGCAUCUUACUGGACGAAAGGAGUAUUUCUUUAAAUCAGAUAAAGUCAUCGACCUUCUGCAGGAGACGCAGACGAAGAAUGGGUUGUGGAGCACAUUUUGGGAGGUGGAGAGCGGUACUCAGCUUGGUUCCCACUACUCCGUCGGCGGUAUGGCAGACAGCGCGUACGAAUAUCUGCUGAAAGGUUACCUCCUCUCUGGCAAGUCUGAAAAGCGACUUCUGGACAUGUACCUCAAAUCCGUUGAAGGCACCAUAAACAAUAUGCUUUUCCUCUCUCCGACUCGUGAUCUCCUCUACGUCACUGCCAUGGAUGCGGGACGCCCCCACCACCAAUUCGAACACCUCGCGUGCUUUUACGCGGGCCUCCUCGCGCUCGGCGUGGAGACCCUUGGCUCGCAACUCACACAGGAACAGUCAGAUUUGCACCGCUGGGCAGCUGAAGGACUGACAACUUCGUGCUACCUCGUAUAUGCGGAGGCGGAGAGUGGUUUGGGUCCUGAGAUAGUGCAGAUGAGGUUUGGCGUGAAGAUGCGGCCCGUAAAGUGGAUAGAGGCAGUAAAGAAGUGGAAGAAGAAUGGACGCCCGGGAGGGGUUCCACCUGGUGUGAAAGGCUCAGUGAGAACUAUGGCUCCGGCACCCAGGGAUUAUUAUCUAAGAAAUAACGCUUACUAUCUUAGACCUGAGACUUUAGAGAGCAUGUACAUCAUGUGGAAGGUCACAGGGGACGAGAUAUGGAGACAUCGUGGAUGGGAGAUUUUUCAGUCUAUCAAUUUGAGGGCAAAGACGAAGGUGGGAUACGGCAGUGUGGCGGGUGUGAACAGCCGGAGACCAGCUAUCCAGGAUUCAAUGCCGAGCUAUUUCAUGGCAGAGACGCUCAAAUACCUCUAUUUAUUGUUUUCCUCGGAAAACCAUAUUCCCCUGGACAAAUGGGUCUUCAACACUGAAGCUCAUCCUUUUCCGAUCUUCCAUUGGAAGGAGUCGGAGAAGCAAGCCUACAAGAUAAAAUCACUUUGAUUACGUUUACCGCUUUGUCACCGUCUAGUCGGACGGUGUGGACAUCGUGAUCGAUUUCUUUUGGGCGAAUUCGUAAGUUUUGGUCGAACAUCAGAUGCAUUUUCAGCUUGUACCAUAUAGUUAGCAACGCAUGAUUGUUUCGAUUCAAUCUUUAGCAUCGUCGGCGAAUUACUGAUCUGUGAGUUGAUCAAGCACGACAUGUCACUCUGCGUAGGACCUGUCGGUGCUUCCGAAUCGCCAUUGUAUGGUGGGUUCCUGGAGGGUUUAAUCGCUCGCGAGCAUUAAUCUAUGGUGAAGAAAUACUGAGUCAAAAG